AUGGACGGCCCUCGCGACGUACAGUUCGGCUCCGAUGACGAGGCCUCUGGCUCCAAGUUUACCAGUACCAUCAAGAGCUUCUUCGAAAGGAUUGCUGGCUCGGGGUCUGAUCCCACCAACCCAGUCAUCAAUGGAGCAUCCAUCCAGUCAAGGCCUCUCCUGGCCAGGCUGUUCGCCGACAUUGCUUCUCAAGCACCUCGGAUAAGCGAGAACAUUGGGCUCAUUCAUUCGUUGGUCGACACGACGCUUUUCGAUGGCGGCAUCGUCGACGAUCGCCAAUAUCAGAUGGAGAAGAUUCUCCAGCUGGCUGCCUCGCUGCCGGUGGGAUCACAAGCACUCGAUUCUCUGACCGCGCAGUUCAUCAAGUUGCUCUGGGGGACUCUGGAGCAUCCUCCAUUGUCCUACCAGGGGGACGAAUACAAGUACCGCACUGCCGAUGGCUCCAACAACAACAUCAUGUAUCCGCACCUCGGCAAGGCCGGCUCUUCCUACGCCAGGACGGUCACGCCGCAGACGCUGAAGCCAGGGGUUCUUCCCGAUCCCGGAGUCAUCUUCGAUGCCGUCUUUGCACGUGGUGACACGGCCCGGGAGCAUCCAAACAAGCUCUCCAGCAUGCUGUUUUACCUUGCCACCAUCAUCAUCCACGACUGCUUCCACACGGACGAACGCGAUUACUCGACGGUCAAGACGUCCUCUUAUCUGGACUUGGCGCCUCUGUACGGGAGCAGUGAAGAGGCCCAGAGCAAGAUCCGGACGUUCAAGGACGGCCUUCUCAAGCCAGACACGUUUGCCGAAAACCGCAUUCUCGGGUUUCCGCCGGGUGUCUGUGCCAUCGUGGUCUGCUUCAAUCGGUUCCACAACUACGUGGCGUUGCAGCUGAAGGAAAUCAACGAAGGCGGCCGGUUCAAGAUCCCGACAGACGAGAACGACGUCAAAGGCAUUGCCAAACUGGACAACGAUCUCUUCCAGACCGCUCGCCUUGUCACCUGCGGCUUAUACGUCAACAUCAUCCUCACCGACUAUGUGCGGACGAUCCUCAAUCUCAAUCGGUCCAACAGCACGUGGACUCUCGACCCGCGCAAGAACUUUGGAGACGUCUUCGACGACACUGGCGUGCCUAGCGGCGUGGGGAACCAGGUCAGCGUCGAGUUCAACCUGGUCUACCGAUGGCACUCGGCCAUCAGCGUCAAGGAUGAGCAAUGGACCAACGCCUUGUACCAGUCGCUGUUCCCGGGCAAAGACGUGUCCACCGUGACCGAGACCGAACUCUUCCAGGCCCUCAGAAAGUGGCUCUCGAAGAUCGACCCUGACCCGUCCAAAUGGGAGCUCGACGCGGGCAAGUAUAAGCGGACUGAGCGAGGCACUUUCCGCGACGAAGACCUGAUCAACAUCCUCAGCGACGCCACCGAGGACGUGGCUUGCGCCUUUGGGCCCAGGAACGUGCCUGUGGUGAUGAAACUGAUUGAGACGCUGGGCAUGAAGCAAGCUCGCGCCUGGAACGUGGCGACGCUGAACGAAUUCCGCAAGUUCUUCAAGCUCGCCCCUCACCAGGACUUUUCGGACAUCACCAAGGACAAGGACGUGGCCCGCUCGUUGAAGGCGCUGUACCAGCAUCCCGACUACGUCGAGCUCUACCCGGGCCUGGUGGCAGAAGACGCGAAAGAUCCACUGGAGCCUGGCUCGGGCCUGUGUCCCGGAUAUUCGAUUUCGCGCACCAUCCUCGCCGACGCCGUGGCCCUGACCCGCGGCGACCGCUUCUACACCGUCGACUACACCCCCGCCAACCUGACCAACUGGGGCUGGUCGGCGGUCAGGUCCGACCCGGACGUCGCCCAGGGCGGCUGCUUCUACAAGUUGCUCAUGCGAGCCCUGCCGUUCUACUACCGCGGGAACUCGGUCUACGCCAUGUAUCCGUUCACCGUGCCGGAGGAGAACCGCAAGAUCUUGAAGAAGCUGGGCAAAGACGAGGAGUACAAUUUCGACCGGCCGUCGUACGUCGGCGUGCCCACCUCGGUCAGGUCGUGGCAGGCCGUCACUCAGGUUCUGAAAGACCAAGGCUCCUUCAGUGUCCCCUGGGGCCCGCACACGGAGUACCUCACGCACCAUGACUACAUGUUGAGCGGAGACAGCGUGGCCAACGCCACCCAGCGCCGCGAAGUCGAGCACGCCCUGUACUGCCCGGUCAACGGACUUGAGCAGGUGCGGCAGUUCUACGAAGACGUCACCACCCAGCUCGUGGUUGCACGCUCCGAACGACUCCGGGGCGAGUGGUAUCAGCUGGAUGCCUGCCGGGACGUUGGCAACCCAUCGCACGCCAUCUUCGUCGCGCGCCUGUUCCACCUGCCGCUCAAGAAGCACGGCGAUUUGAACCCCGUGGGCGUCGAGGUCGACCAACUGUACCUGGCGCUGUCGGUGCUUUUCGCCUACGUCUUCUUGGACGGCGACACGGCGAGCUCGUUUAAACUGCGCGCGUCGGCCAAAACCGCCACCGAGCAACUGGCCAAGCUCGUCAAGACCGUGUGUGAAGCGGUCCAGGUCGGCAGCAGCUUGCACAUCGGCGACCUCUUCCCGACGGGCGCCGCGGGCCAGCUCCUCGCCGACUACGGCACGCACUUCCUGAAACGGCUUCUCGAGGGCGGCAAGAAGGUGGAUGACAUUGUGUGGGCCAUCAUCCCCACGGCCGCGGCCGCCGUGGCCACGCAGGCCCAGCACUUCACCCAGAUGCUGGAUGUGUACUUGACGGAUGAGUACUACAAUGCCCACUGGCCCGAGAUCCAACGGUGUGCCUGGUCCAACGACCCGGCCGACUUCGAGAAGCUCAAAGGCUACGCUCUCGAAGCCAACCGGCUGGCCCCGGCGGCGUUCGGGCUGCUCCGCAAAGCCAACACCGACACUGUCAUUGACGACAAUGGCACCCAGGUCAAGGUCAAGGCCGGCGACAUGGUCUACACCGACUUUAUCACGGCCGGCUUGGACGAGAAGGUGUUCCCGGACCCCAAGACCAUCGAUCCGACCCGCGAUCGGGCAUUGUAUAUCCAUCACGGAUACGGGCCGCACGCGUGCCUGGGCCGCCCCAUCGUCGAGGUCGCCAUGGCCUCUCAGUUGAAGGUCCUGGCCAAGUUGAAGAAUCUCCGCCGCGCCCCUGGACCUCAGGGAGAAUUGAAGAGGACGAUUCCGGCUCCCAAUCCCACCAGCAGCGACCCCAAAGCCAGCCCUGGCAGCAUCGAGGUGUAUAUGCUGGAAGAUUGGAGUUCAUGGUAUCCUUUCCCGACCAGUCUCAAAGUCCACCAUGAAGGUUUGUGGAAGGACCAAUCCGAGCAACUCGCCGCCGACACCGGGAUCCCCGGCAUCGAGGAGCAGAUCAAGGACAGCGACAUGGGGGUGGCCAGCAACGGGGUCGGGGUGAAUGGAAACCACCAUCCAGACGAGACGGCUUAA